AUGUCGCUUCAAGAGCGCCUCGAGAAGAUACGAAAUCAGCCGAAACUGCAGAGCGCGCAACAGACUGCUGUCGUGUUGAGCGCGAUCGAGGACACACUACGAACACAAAAAAGCGAACCCACGGCUACCGCAUACUUCGCUGCGCUUCUGAGCUUGCUUGGCCAGUACAUAUCGACGGAGAAGGGCAUAGUCAACAAGGAAGUUGCGUAUGCGGUCGUGUAUCUUCUGGAUCUGGUAACGAGCCAUGUCUCUGCACCGCUACUACGAUCGAAGUUUCCGCAAAUCCUGGCCUCACUUGCGCCAGCCUUGACACACCCAGACGCCGAAGCACCGCUGUUACGAGCAAGCAUAGGGUGUCUAGAGUCGCUGCUAGUAGCCCAGGAUGGCCAAGCAUGGGCUCUUCCACAGUCCGCGAGCAGUCCAAGAGGUGCGGUGGGAGCGCUGCUGGCAUUGGCGAUGGAUCAAAGACCGAAAGUUCGGAGAAGAGCACAAGAUGCGCUGGACAAAGUGCUAAGACACCCUCCGCCGAUUCCGAGCCUCGAUCACCCAGCGGCGGACAUGUGCGCCGAGUCUUCGUUACGAAGCUUGCAGGCUGCUGCAGAUGAGGCGAACAGUAAGAAGAAGCAGAAGCAUAGAGGGCAGAAGGAUGAGCAAGGUCAUGAGCCAGGCCUCAUGCAUGCUUUGCAGCUGGUGAAGGGAAUAGCAUCUGCCGAGAAUGGUUGGCCGAGCAAGAAAUUAGACGCACUCUGUGCACUUUUGUUGAGCAUAUCGAGAGGCAGCAAUGAGUUUCUGACAAUGGCUGCGUUCGAAGUUUUCGAGAUUAUCUUCGCGGGUCUUGCUGGCCAGGUAUCUUCGGCGAAGCUUCCAAGACUACUCGACGCUAUCAAGGAACUUCAGCCGUCACAAAACGACAGCCAACUCUUGCCACCAUGGAUUGCAGUACUAAGCCGAGGCCACGAGGUUGCAGGGCAAAUCGAACCUCAGGAGACAUUCGAAAACCUGCCGGACUUGUUUGACAUGGUGGCUCUGUUCCUUGCAUCCUCUUCGCACAACAUCCGGAUCUCGGCAUCCGAGUGUCUAAUCUCGCUGCUUAGCACUUGUGUGCCCGACUCUGUGAUCCUCGAACCUAGCAUCAUGGACGAUAAGGCUUUGGAAAGAAUAGCAGGCACCAUGCAAGAACUACUUAGCGUAAAAUACCAGACAGCUUGGACGGAAGUGUUCAACGUUGCCACUGCAGCUUUCAAUGCUUUGAAGUGGCGGGCACAUCCGUUACUGCGAGGCGUUCUGCAGACUGUCGGUGACCUGCGCAGCAAUGACUCUUUCGCUGGCAAAAAGGAGGCAGACGCAGUCCUUUCUGCAGCUAUCCAUGCCAUGGGACCCGGCGACUUCCUUGCUACGCUGCCGCUGAAUCUAGGCAAACCUGUGGCUGGUCGGCCUGGACGAGCAUGGCUUCUACCUCUCAUGCGCGACUCAGUCAGCAAUACGAGACUUGCACACUUCCGGUCCGAGCUUGUGCCACUGAGCGAGACCAUGUUCCAACGCGUGCUCAACCAUGGCAGUCGCGAGAAGACGAUGGAGAUCAAAAUCUUCGAAACCGUGGUGUCGCAGAUCUGGGCAUGUCUGCCUGGCUAUUGCGAGCUGCCCCUAGAUCUGCAGGAGAGCUUCGAUCAGACCUUUGCAGAAAUGCUCAGCAAUCUCCUGUACCAGCAACCCCAACUGAGGACAGAAAUAUGUAAGGCUUUGCAAAAUCUUGUCGACACGAAUAAAGCAAUUGCGGAGCUGGAAGGAGAGACAGAAGACCUGAUACGACAAGGCCGAGUCACGAAGAUCGAAGCCGCGAAGAAUUUGCAACACCUAGCUGGACUUGCUAGUAAUCUGCUUGCGGUUCUGUUCAAUGUGUACAGCCAGACACUCCCGCAUAACCGCGGGAAUCUACUACAGUGCAUCAACGCAUUCCUGAGUAUCACACCCGAUGCAGAGCUCAUGGAAACAUUCCAGCGUGUUGCUACUAUGCUCGAAGCUGAGGUGGCAAAGCCUGUCGAGGUCAAAGAAGUGGGUGUCAGGAAGCAACAACUGUCGAGUGAAGAAGCCAAGAACAAGAUGCCUCUGGUAUCACAUACACUAAUGGAUCUUGUUAUCACAAUGUCAAUCUAUCUACCACGAGACAGCUUCGCAGGCUUGUUCGUUAUGGCAAGCAAGAUCGUCCAGCGUCAGGAUGAUCCACAAUUGCAGAAGAAGGCAUACAAGCUGGUACCGCGUCUAGCAGAGUCUGACAUUGGUCAGAUGGCACUGAAGGAGAGGAGUACUGAGUUGCAGCAACUUCUGCUCGCCGCGGCAGAUAAGGCUUCAGCACCAGCCAAGCGAGAUCGUCUUGCAAGUCUCUCGAAGCUAGUGCCCUUCUUGCCGAAAAGUGACCUCAGCUUCAUUCCCAGUGUGCUGAGUGAAGUCGUGAUCGGGGUAAAGGAAGUCAAUGAGAAGGCUCGAACAGCUGCAUUCGAUCUACUGGUGCUAAUGGGUCAGACCAUGAGUGAAGGGGGCAUCGUAGUCAACUCCAAGGUACCACACAUGCCACCAGAUGCCCAUAGUGUCGAAGCCAAUCUCGAGGAAUACUUCACUAUGGUGUCCGCAGGUCUGGCCGGAAGCACACCGCACAUGAUCAGUGCCAGCAUUACUGCGCUCACUCGACUGCUCUACGAGUUCAGGAGUCAGCUCAAGCAAGAGACUGUUGUAGAUCUUGUGCAGACGAUGGACCUGUUCUUGACGAGCAACAACCGUGAGAUCGUGCGCUCUGUUCUUGGUUUUGUAAAGGUCUGUGUCAUCAGUCUUCCGACUGAGCUUAUGCUGCCACGGCUGGAAACUUUAGUCCCGAAUCUGGUCGUGUGGAGCCACGAACACAAGGCGCAAUUUAAGGCUAAGGUAAAGCAUAUCUUUGAAAGAAUGAUCCGGCGUUUCGGCGUCGAGAUUAUUGAGAAGUAUACGCCUGAAGCCGACAAAAAGCUCAUUGCCAACAUCCGCAAGACGAGAGAUCGACGCAAGCGGAAGAAUGCUACGGACGCUGAAGAGGGUGCGGGAGCGCCUGAGCAAAGGAAGGGUCGGUUCGAGAGCGAGUACGAUGAGGCGGUCUAUGGGUCAGACGAGGAACAGAAUGCGGAAGAUAGCGAUAUCAGUGAUGAUGAAGUCUUGGGCCGCGCAGUGGAGAAAGGCAAAUCCGCGAAGCAAAAGGGUGGGAAGCAGUACAUUGUUGAAGAUGAGGACGAGCCGCUCGACCUGCUCGAUAGGCGAGCUUUGGCUCAUGUGUCGUCUACGAAGCCUGCGAAGAAUCGUGGCGCAGCUGAACCAGCGAAGCGGAAAGCAGAUGUUGACUUGGACGGCAAGCUUGUCUUCAACGAAGAUAGUGACGACAACAACGAUGUCAUGGACUUUGAUGAUCGGGGUAUGUUCGGUGGCCAGGAGCCUGGAGAUGGAACUCUUGAAGGUGGGAUUAAUGCCUACGUCUCUGCACUGAAAGGCAAAGAUGCCCCACGACGAGGCGAGAACGGUAAGCUGAAGUUCAGCAAUAAGCGGUCUUCUGGCGCCGACGAUGAAGACGAGAUGGAGAUUGAUGAGCGGGAGAUUGCGAGUGCACGAAAACAAGGCCACAGUCAGGCGAGAGGUGGCGCCAAGCAGAAGCCUGUGAGACGUGGAUUGGGGAUGGAGAAGGCGAGGCCAGUGGGUGGUGGUGGAGCUGGGAUCAGGAAGCAGCAGAAGAGGCCGUUCAAGCAUGGUCUGCAAGCGAAAAGAGGAAAGGGGACGAGAAGGCACGAUUCAAAUCGCAGCUAG